ACUUUUCAAUCAGUCAGACCAAGACAGCGCGGUGCGGUGAAGAUGUGGUCUCAUGUAGUAGUGUCUCUGUUGCUGGCGGCGGCGGCGGGCGCGGCGCCUGCGGGGGCGGGGGCAGGGUCGGGGGCGGAGCCGUACAAUAGCACGGCUGUCUCCAGGUGUACUGAGAGUUCCGGCGCGGCGCUGCCGCUGCACGUGCUGGUGGCGGGCUGCGCGGCGCCGCCCUGCCGCCUGCCGCAGCUGCAGCACGCCGAGCUCGACAUCGUCUUCCAAGCACCUCGCUACGUGGAGACCAUGGAGACGGUGGCCACGGCGUACUUCCUGGGCCAGAGCACGGAGUACCCGCUGGGGCCGGACGCCGCCACGUGCGCGGGGCUGCUCAACUCGUACUGCCCGGUGCUGCGCGGGGAGGUGCUGCGCUACAAGCUGCGGCUCUUCAUCGAGCGCUUCAUGUUUGUGGGAGUGCGGGCCGACAUAGAGUUCAAGGUGCGCGAGGCGGGCGGCGAGGACCUGUUCUGCUUCCGCACCGGCAUCCAGGUGGUGCGCCCGCAGCCCUGACUGCUGACUGCUGACUCCUGACUGCUGACUGCUGACUCCUGGCUCCUGACUCCCGACUCCUGACUCCUGACUGCAACACUCCUCUCACCAUCACAUGCAUGUCGCGACGGACGAGCAGCAUAUACAUUUUGGUGCAUUUAAAAUAUACAAUUUGAGGAAACCAAAAAGCGAUUGUUCAA